AUGGCGGUCCUCAAGCCCUACGCCCACGAUUAUUACCUAUGGGACUAUAUCCCAACCAAGAUUGGAGCCAUCAUCGCCGUGGUUCUAUUCAUUUUGGCCACUCUUGCUGUCAUAUUCAGAAGCAUAAAGACGAGAACGCGCUUUAGCAUACCCUUCAUCCUCGGCGGAAUCUUCCAAGCAAUCGGAUAUUCUGCUCGAGCCGCAUCCGAAGACAAGACCGACGAAUUGCUACCCUAUAUCAUCCAGAGCAUCUUUAUCCUAGUCGCCCCAGCUCUUUUCGCAGCCAGCAUUUACAUGACCCUGGGCCGCCUGAUGCGCAGUGUACACGGCGAACGACAUGCUAUAAUCCGACCCCAAUGGCUGACAAGAGCCUUUGUCACCGGCGAUGUUUUAUCAUUCUUGGUGCAAUGUGGCGGAGGUGGUAUGAUGGCCAUUAGCAGCAUUGACAAGAACCUCGCGUCCAACAUUGUCCUGGCUGGUCUGGUCGUCCAAAUUCUGCUCUUUAGUCUCUUUGCCAUCACUGCCAUUAUCUUUCAUUCGAGAAUGAGAAAGUGGCCUUCGGGAGCAUCGCUGGACCCCAAGUCCAAGUGGGAACAAAUCAUGUACACGUUGUACGCCAUGAGCGUGCUGAUCCUGAUCCGAUCCGUGUUUCGCGUGAUUGAGUACGUGAUGGGCAAGACGGGGUAUCUCUUAACGCACGAAUGGACUCUCUACGUCUUUGAUGCCAUUCUUAUGUUUUUUACCAUGGUUAUUUUCGCCGUCUGGUAUCCUGGACAGCUAACUCCACCAGCAAGAGAGUGGGAGGGGCCUGACACGGACAUGGUGAUGGACGGAGUCGUGUCGGAGGACGACCAAUCGCGAUUUACGAUUUCAAGAAGCCGCGACGGGCUGACGAAACCCAACGAGCCAUAGAGGCGUUCACACGUGGUGGUCUCCGGCGGAAUUCGAUUUUUUUCUUUUGUUUUCUUUGCCAGCGGAAUAGAAGCGCACUAUGCAAGAUGAUAGUGAUGCAAAGCUGAACCGCCUAGGGGAAAUGUCUG